AUGGCCCACGCUUCUCUCAUUGGUGGCCAUGUUCUUUGUCAUCACUGGGAUGAUGCUGCCGUCACUGCCAUCCACCUUAUCAAUCGCAUGCCUUCUGGGGUUAUGCCACUUAUCAGAAAGGCUACCAAUGUUAUCACCACCUACCCGGCGUAUCUAUGUCAUUUUGAAUGUCACCUUUCUGGAAUCGGAGAUGUUCUUCCAUGA